GUGGUCAGAAACGCCCUAAUCUGGGUUUGGGGGCCGUGCCGCCGGCCGCGCCCCGGUCCAUUUCCCGAGGGACCUGGGCCUCGCCGCCGGGGGCUGGGCCCGGCUGAGACCGCGGACCGCGGCGAUGGACGGGAGCGCGGAGAGGGGCGCCCAGGAGUCCGCAGCCGCGGCUCCCACGCCCGAGGACCCCGCCGGCUCGGCGCGGGGCAGCCCCCCGCACGGGUCGCCGCCCCGGGACGUGGGCGACUGCGCCCGGCCCCCGGACGCCGCCGCCGCCCCCAAGAGACUCUGCGGCUACCUGAGCAAGUUGGGCGGCAAGGGGCCCAUCCGCGGCUGGAAGACCCGCUGGUUCUCCUACGACGAGAGGAAGGGUCACCUGUCCUACUCGCGCACGGCGCAGGACGCCAACCCGCUGGACAGCAUCGACCUCGCGGGCGCCGUCUUCAACUGCAGAGCGGACGCCGAGGAGGGCACGUUCGAAAUCAAGACCCCCAGCCGGGUCAUCACGCUCAAGGCUGCCACGAAGCAAGUGAUGGUGUAUUGGCUGCAGCAGCUACAGAUGAAGCGCUGGGAGUUCCACCACUGCCCACCGUCGCCAGCUCCUCCCGCCCGCGCCGCUGCCCUGCGCCUCCAGCUAGAGCAAGAGGAAGCUGAGUUGGAGGAGUUCCUGUGCCCUGUGAAGACGCCCCCCGGGAUGGUGGGUCCGGCCGCCGCCUCCCAGCCCGCUCCCGCCCUGCCCUCAACCCUACAGAACAUUUCCCUCAAGCACCUGGGAACUGAGAUACAAAACACAGUGUCCAACUUCCGGGGCAACAGGCAAGCCCAAGGAGCAGGCCCUGGACUUCCCGGAGGAGAGAUUGCCCCCAGUGGAGAGCCCCAGAGGGAGUCGCAGCCUCUGGCGUCUGACCCUGGAGCCCCAGGGAAGGAACCAGCGGAGCCUGCAAAGCCUCCCCCCAAGGCCUCGCUGACCGCCAGCCUCCGGCUGAAAGCCAAGCGCCAGAACAACACCUUCCCCUUCUUGCCAGAAGGGCUCCCGCGGAGCCGGGCAGCCCAGGAGAAGGUCUUGGCCCUGGAGCAGCAGGUGGUGACGCUCACCCAGGAGUUAGAGUCCCAGAAGGAGCUGGUGAGGAUCUUGCACAAGGCGCUGGAGGCCGCCCAGCAGGAGAAGCGGGCGGCCAGCGCCUACCUGGCCGCCCCCGAGGACCAGGACCGGCUGGAGCUGGUGCGGCACAAGGUGCGGCAGAUCGCGGAGCUGGGCCGGCGGGUGGAGGCCCUGGAGCAGGAGCGGGCGGGCCUGGUGCAGGAGGCCGGCCUGCGGGAGCGCGAGCUGCAGGAGCUGCGGCAGCACGUACAGCUGCUGCUGGACAAGAACCAGGCCAAGCAGCUGGUCAUCUGCAAGCUCUCCGAGAAGGUCACCCGCGACUUCAUGCAGCCCCCCGACCAGCCCCCCGAGCCCCCUGAGGCCCUGAGCCAGCAGGAGCUGAUCGAGCACCUGAAGGACGACAUGGAGGCCUACCGAACUCAGAACCGCUUUCUCAACUCGGAGAUACACCAGGUCACAAAGAUCUGGAGGAAGGUGGCCGAGAAGGAGCGGGCCCUCCUGAUGAAGUGUGCCUACCUCCAAGCCCGGAACUGCCAGGUGGAGAGCAAGUACCUGGCGGGGCUGCGCCGGCUGCAGGCGGCCCUGGUGGACGAGCCCCCCGAGUGCUCGGAGCUGCUGAGGCAGCUCAUCCAGGAGGCGCUGCAGUGGGAGGCCGGGGAGGCGGCGGCGGACGGCGUGGGGCUGAGCCCCAUCAGCGAGUACGACGAGUACGGCUUCCCCACGGUGCCCAACUACGAGGUGGAGGACCUGAAGCUGCUGGCCAAGAUCCAGGCCCUGGAGGUCCGCUCCCACCACCUGCUGGCCCGCCAAGCCGUCGAGCGGCCGCUGGCCGAGCGCUGGGCCGCCCUGGGCGAGCUGGCCGCCUCAGCUGAGCUGAAGCAGCUGCUGCGGGAGGGCGCGCCCCGGGAGCAGCGGCCGCGGGUGUGGAGGUGGCUGGUCCAGCGCCGCGUGCGGCACCUGCAGGGCCCCGGCCGCUACCAGGAGCUGCUGGGCCGGGGCCAGGCCUGCGAGCACCCCGCGGCCCGCCAGAUCGAGCUGGACCUGAACCGCACCUUCCCCAGCAACAAGCACUUCACCUGCCCCACCUCCGGCUUCCCCGACAAGCUCCGCCGGGUGCUGCUGGCCUUCUCCUGGCAGAACCCCGCCAUCGGCUACUGCCAGGGCCUCAACAGGCUGGCGGCCAUCGCCCUGCUGGUCCUGGAAGAGGAGGAGAUCGCCUUCUGGUGCCUGGUGGCAAUCGUGGAGUCCAUCCUGCCCGCUGACUACUACAGUAAGACCCUGACGGCAUCGCAGGUGGACCAGCGUGUCCUGCAGGACCUGCUCGCGGAGAAGCUGCCCCGGCUCACGGCCCACCUGGCCCAGCACCGCGUGGACCUGUCCGUCAUCACCUUCAACUGGUUCCUGGUGGUCUUUGCCGACAGCCUCAUCAGCGACAUCCUCCUGCGGGUCUGGGAUGCCUUCCUGUACGAGGGCACCAAGGUGGUGUUCCGCUAUGCCCUGGCCAUCUUCAAGUACAAUGAGCAGGAGAUCCUGAGGCUACAGGACAGCCUAGAGAUCUACCAGUACCUGCGCCUCUUCACCAAGACCAUCUGCGACAGCCGGAAGCUGAUGACCAUCGCCUUCAAUGACAUGAACCCCUUCCCCAUGAAGCAGCUCCGGGGGCUGCGGGCGGCCCACCGGGAGCGGCUGGAGGCCGAGCUGCGGGAGCUGGAGCGUCUCAAGGCCGAGUACCUGGAGUCUCGCACGUGCCAGGGGCCGGCGCCGCCCGAGGCUUAUGCCAGCGAGGACGAGGGGGAUGGAGAUGCCUGACCGGGGCGG